AUGAAACUGACCGUAGCUCUCUUUCUUUUUGCUUGUCUGCUGGCCGUGAACGUUGAAGGGCAGGCCAGAAACGGCGUGAGCAGGUGCGUUUGCCGGGAUGCCGGAGUGAUGCAUGUGCAGCGAACACGUGUGGAGAAGAUUGAAGUAUUACCCCCCAGCGCGUCCUGUGACAAACAGGAGAUAAUUGUCCACCUGAAAAAUGGUGCAGGAAAGAGAUGCUUGAACCCAAAGUCCAACUUUGUCAAGAAUUUCCUCGAAAAGUUCAUUAAGAAAUGAGCUCACAGUGCGGUCUGAAACACAUCCUACGGACUCACAGCAGAUUCACCAGGUUCUUACACAUCCAAGUCGCCCAAGAUGUCAUGUGUCAU